CAUUGCAGAGAAAUCUCACUCUUGUGAACAAACAACGUGUGAAAGUACCAGAAAGAGGAAUUUAUUUGUGAAACCACCAUACAGAUUAGGCGUCAUGAGGCCCGUCUUGCUUUGUCUGAUGUUUUGCUCAACCGUUUUAAGGCCGACCAAGGGAUCACGGCUGGGAAGACUUGAAGAUGAAGUCAAACAUCUUAAAACCUUCAUAUUCAGGGAGUUAUCAAUUAUUCGAGAUGACGUCAAAGAAGUAUCCAACAGAGUCGACAUUUUGGAAAACGCCACGGUUACGCACGACCAGACCUUUCUUAACCAAAACAUGGACCUCACUUCUUACAACCUUGUUGAGGAAACUGUAAAUAGUGGCAAGCAACUCGUACGUGCUGAGAAUAACGAAGCAAGUCAUGUUGUAACAGCAGAGGUUCAAACUAUGCGCAAGGCUUACUCCAAUGACAAAAAGGACUUACAUCAACUGAAGCAAGAUGUUAAGGGGCAACUGAGAGAGCUGGAACAUAAGAUAUCUAGCCAUAUGCAUAACCUGGCUGCAGACGUGCAACACAAUAUCGUGUACAUUCAUGCAAAUAUAUCGCUGGCAAACGUUGCUUUGUCGGAGUUCCUCAAUGGGUCUAUUUCAAAGGUUAGCAUGUUUUCGGACAAUAUAAAAAAGGAAAUAAAAACUGAUUUAGAAACCAUCAGUCAACAGCUUACUUUACAUUUUAAUAAAACGGAAUCAAAAAUAAAACAAAAUAUUUCUUCCACAUUCCGCCAUAAUGAAGACAACCUUGAACGUUUCCUGACACUUGCUGAUCGCAAUGUUAGUGAAAUGAUGCUAAAAGCAGAUAACAUUUUUAGUUGGAUCCGUACUAAUAUUUCGGAAAUGCCAAGUCAAAUCACUAAUUUAUCUUUGGAAAUACAAACAACGAAACAUGAAAUAAAAGGUGUUGUGAAAAGGCUGGGUGAUAAAUUUGAUUCAACUUUAGGCGACUUGGAAAAGGAAAUUGGUUAUUAUUACCCGAGCGCAAAAGACAUUCGUCUAGCCAACGCGUCUGUAUAUGGAUCCAACGGCUUACAGGGGCGACUAGAGGUCCGUCAUAAUAGUAUAUGGGGCACGGUGUGUGAUGACUACUUUCAAACAAACAACGUUAAUGUGGUGUGUAGAAUGUUCGGUUUCCGGGAAUGUGACUAUUUGGGGAGUGCGGGUCUGGGUAGGGGCAGAUGGAAAAUCUGGAUGGACAAUGUGGCAUGUGGAGGAAGAGAAAGUAGUUUCAUUGAAUGCCCUCACAAUGGGUGGGGGAGCCAUGACUGUAGUCAUCAUGAGGACGUAGGGAUUCGUAUGUGGAAUUAAUAUAGUGAUAAUAUAAUACUAUAUUUCAUUGAUGGAAUAGGGCUCUUUGUUCCUAGAUUAUGAAUAUAGUAACACUAGGUUAUGAAUUUUAAAUUGACAUGUUGUGUAUUUUUUGUUUAUUAUAACGGUGGUAUAUUUUCAAUAAUUUUGCAUUUAAAUGAGUGUUUAUCAAGGAAAUGAAAAUGGUGAAUUAUUGGCAUAUUAAAAAGUUGAUGAUAGACAUCUUGUGGAGCACGCAUUGUAUUAACCGCAAUGUUCUUGAUGAAGACACAACUUUAAUGUAAUAUGAAGAAACUGCAUGCUCCUGAGAAAUCUCUACUUAAAUUAUACUAUCGUCCUAUCAAUAAGGUUUUUUGGAGAUAAAACAAUUUAAUACUUUUUAAGUGAAUGCCUAUUCGUUUGUUACAAUAUUUUAAAAUACCACCUAUAUCCUUGCUGCCAAAGACAACGCUAAAAUAAUGCCAAGCGGCUUUAUUUUAUUUGAUGACUGGACGUCCGCUAUAAAAACACGAACAGCUGUGAUCUAAACAACCAAAUCCAAAUCUUUAAUGUGUUUAUGUUGUUACCAAUUGUCGAAAUAGAUAGAAAAAAAAUCCUGGUUCAUGACACUAAUAUAAAACACAUUUUAGCACUGUCAAUAAGUGUAUAUUUAUAUGUAUUUUGCAAUAAAGAAUACUUUGUAUCUUAAAAAAGCUUUCAUGUUUGUAUAAAGGAUUGUUUAUAAUAUGUCUCUCCCAUUAUUGUUUGCUUUGUGUAUUUGUAUAUUGCAUGUUCUGUUCUUUAAGAAAGCAUCGUUAAUUUUUUCUAGCAUCCUCAUACUGCCGUGUCAUCAUGAAGUUACUUGUUAGAAUAAAUUGU